CCUCAAACGCUUUUAAGCUUCUUCAAAGCUUUGGAUUUUCGAAAUUUAAACCCUUCAAAUGCCAAAAACUUCCUCUUUCUCCCACGCCGUUUCCAGGUUUCGUAUUUUCAUCCAGGAAACGGCGUUUUAACCUUUUGCAAUGGGCGGUUCUGGAAAGUGGAUCAAAUCACUCAUCUCCCUCAACAAAACCCAUUCCGAAAGCAACGAAGGGGGCGGCAAGAACAAGAAGUGGAAGCUAUGGAGGAGUUCCUCCGGUGGACUAACGAUGUCCUCUAUGCCAAGCGGGAAAGGAAGGAAUCUUUUCGGAAACUCAGAGGGUUCUAAAUAUUCUUUCAUGUCCGAUGGAGCUUUUGCUGCUGCCAUGGCAACUCUAGUCAGAGCUCGGACUUCCUAAUGGUCAAGCAAGAAUGGGCUGCCAUCCGUAUCCAAACCUUUUUCCGGGCUUUUCUGGCAAAGCUGGCAUUGAGGGCUUUGAAAGCUGUAGUAAGGAUACAAGCCAUUUUCUGUGGCAGACAAGUGAGAAAGCAAGCUGCCCGGACACUAAGGUCUAUGAAGGCUCUUGUUCGAGCUCAAGCCCGAAUUAGAUCUCAAUCUGGUCAAUCACCUGUUCAUACAUCUAUUGAUCCAAUCAGGCAGGCGGAGAAACACUGGUGUAAUAGGCGUGGAACAGUAGAGGAAUUAAACUCUAAGUUACAAAUGAAGCAAGAUGGGAUUUUCAGAAGGGAGAGGGCAAUGUCAUAUGCCAUUUCUCAAGUGAGUAUCACGUAGCCUGUUUCAUCUGAACCGGCCAACGUAGCUCUCUUGAUGACCGACGGAUCUCCAGUUAUUUUGAGAUGGCUUGUGACAGCUGAGGCGAGAUGGUCCGAGCGGUUAUUAGAUUGAAUCACCGGACAAGCAGGGUGCAGGCCGGCGAUAUUGAAGUCCGAUCAUCUGGCUUUUGGCGUUGAUAUGCAUCGCAGGAACUAUUUUGAUUUGUCUGCUGUGGCAAUACAACUUCAACAUUUGGAUGAUCUCCUUUUGGAAACUCUCUGCAAAGUUCAUGCAUUUAGUAUAUAGUCACGUAGUCGCUUGAUCGCUUGCUCUUCACUGGAUAGAAAUGGUACAAGUCACAACUCAGCUCCGCUCUCAAUGAAAGCACCAUUUGAUGGAACAAAUUGUCCCGAUCGAGUAAAUAAAGAAAUUAGAGCGGACAGAGUAUUUUAUCGUGGAAACCAAAUCGGUGAAAACCACGGGCCUUUUUGGGCGGUACCAUGCCAACGGGAGCCGGGAGCUUUUAUUAUAUUCAUGGUGGGGGAGGUUACAUGUACAAAGCAUAUGGAGCUUCUAGGGAAGCCAUUAAUGGAGACAUGAGCUAGGAAGAAGAAAUACAUGUGUGUAAGAGAAGAGUAGGAAAUGAAAGGAAUAUGGUAAGUGGGAUUGUAGGCAAAAUGUCUCCCCCCCCCUCCUUUAGCCUGUAGCUAACCCUUAAGUAGCCCAAUAUGUUCAAGUGGGUAGCAUAUAGGAACUUUCCUCACUAGUACACAUAUGUCACACUCAAAUAAUUAAAGGUAUGGUGUGGGCUUGAUUGUGUUUUCCGAUCAUUUGUCUGAAUAUGUUACUAUCUUCUGUAUAUCCAGUUCUCGAUAAGACCUUAUAUACGG